GUGGGGUUUCUAAGGCAGCAUAUAAGACCGGACAAGUUAUGAGUUUGUGAAUGGUAUUCAAAUAAGAAUUCAGGCUCCCUCUUUUAUUCCAAAAACCUCAAACCAAAAAAAAAAAAAAAAAAAAAAAAAAGAUACACAAGUGUAAUACGCACCCAUCGGCCGUCUUGACACAAGUUAUAAGUUGGCUACUUGUCAAACCUCUCCUAUUGGGAAUUUGAAAUGAUUCUCGUCAUCACUUUUGUGUCCAUUUUCUUAUCUUGUCCAACUCUUCUAUGCUCUGCUACAUAUGUCAAUACAUCUAAGCCUAUCUGCCCGCAAAGAUUCAGUUGCCAAGAUUUUGGUCCGUUCAGCUACCCUUUUUACAAUACUACUGAUACUCGAUGUGGUUUGAUCAAGGUUGACUGUACUAUGGGUAACGAGACGAUUCAAUUUGGAGGAAACUCAUAUGUGAUUGUUAACAAGUAUUUUGGUAGUCCUUCCGUCAGCAUCCAAAACACCACAUUUCAAAAACUUGUAGACACAAAAAGCUGUGAGGCUCUUAUGAAUAAUUUCACUUCGCCAACUCCUCAUUUGUUUUCCAUCUCAAUCGCACCCCUCGUGACUCUCUUCAAAUGCCCUAAACAUCCCAAUUAUAGUACAGAUUUUGAUGCUUAUUUUGACCAACCUGAUUAUAUUAGCUACAAAAGAUGCAAACAUCACAAUGUCUACUAUAAGCAUCCCAUCAGCACUACACCAGUUCCAAGUGAUCUCCCACAUAGUUGUGAAGUAAUACAGCUUCCAGGGAGAGUGGAAAGGAGCGUAUCUAUUUACACCGAUAUAUUUUCUUUUCUCACUUCUCAGUUUUUUAUAUCUUUUUGGUCACCUUCCUGUAACGAGUGUCGUAAGAAAGACAACUGCCUUAACCAUGAAAAUUUUGAGUGUUUGGAUGCUAAAAAAGACAAAAAGCUGAAACUGAUCCUAGCUCUCACAGGAUCUGCCCUCAUCAUAGUGCUCUUGACUGCCGUCUUCAUAAUCUUACAUCGCUAUAAGAACAAUCCUUUUUCGUAUUUUUUAUCAAAGGAUAAAUCUCUAAACCCUGAAGAUGCAAGUUUUUUCUUUGGCGUUUCUGUUUUCUCUUACACGGAGCUUGAAGAUGCCACUAAAAACUUCGACCCUUCUCAUGAACUAGGAGAUGGAGGUUUUGGAGCUGUUUAUUAUGGUAAACUCCAAGAUGGGCGAGAGGUUGCAGUGAAGAGACUUUAUGACCACAACUACAAGCGAGUCCAACAUUUCAUAAAUGAGGUCGAAAUUCUCACCAAAUUACGGCAUCCACACUUAGUAUUGCUUUAUGGUUGCACCUCCCGACAAAGCCAAGAACUUCUCCUUGUUUAUGAGUACAUUCCCAACGGCACUGUUGCUGAUCACCUCCAUGGGGAACAAGCAAACCCAGGCUUGUUACCAUGGUCAAUCCGUAUGAAAAUCGCCAUUGAAACCGCCAGUGCACUAGUGUAUCUCCAUGCCUCCGAAAUUAUCCACCGAGAUGUGAAGACGAACAACAUUCUUCUUGAUCACAACUUCUGUGUCAAGGUAGCAGACUUUGGUCUCUCAAGGCUCAUACCGAAUAAUGUCACUCAUGUGUCAACAGCUCCUCAGGGAACCCCAGGAUACUUGGAUCCCCAAUAUCACCAACGUUAUCAAUUAACAGAUAAGAGUGACGUUUACAGUUUUGGAGUAGUCUUGAUUGAACUAAUAUCAUCAAUGGCGCCUGUCGAUUUAAGCAGGUCCCAAGACGAUAUUAGUUUGGCUAACCUUGCUUUAAAUAGAAUCCAAAGAUGUGCAGUUGAUCAAUUAAUCGACCCGGUAUUAGGAUCCAAAUCAAAUCCUGAAAUCAAGAACAUGAUCACAUCAGUAGCUGAAUUGGCUUUUCGAUGCUUACAGUUUGAUUCUGAGAUGAGGCCUACGAUGAACGAGGUGUUUGAUGUGUUGAUGGAAAUUCAAGCUGAGAAAAUGAUAGAUGAUGGUGACAAUAUCAGAGAUUUGAAAACCAUGAAUCCGCCACCUCUAUCUGAAAUCACUGAUUCAGCGGUUUUGUUGAAAGAUUUCCCGCCUUCGCCAGUCUCCGUCACUGGUGAAUGGCAAAGCAGUGACAGUGCAUCAUUUACACUGAGCAGCAAUGGAGAUAGAUUGUCAGUGAAUAUUGUAUGAGUAACAAUUUAACUUAGGGACCUAUAACGUUUUUGAAUUCCUCACUUAUAUGUACUCUAAAUAACAUAUUUCCGUAUUUUUUUUUA